AUGUCCACCAAGCAGAACACCCUCUGCAUCCUCGGCUGCGGAAACCUCGGCACCGCAAUCCUCGCCUCCCUCCUCAGCGCCCCAGAGCCCGACCAGCUCUUCACCCACUACAUCGCCUGCAUCAGCAGCGAUGCGUCGAAACAGCGCCUGGAAGCCAAGUUCGAACACAAAACCAACCUCACCAUCUCAGCCGGCGACAACAUCACCGCCGUGCAGAAUGCCGACGUCGUGAUCCUCGCCCUUGAUCCGGCUGUUAUUACUUCAGGUCUUACACAGCCUGGAUUCAAGGAGGCACUGGGCGACAAGCUGCUCAUCAGCGUGGCGGCAGGGUGGACGGUCGAGAAGAUCGCCGAGACACUCUACGGCACGAACCCAGCCGAAGACAGCAGCAGCGGUGAAACUGAAAAGAAAGCAAAAGCAACAAUCAUCCGCACCCUCCCCACAAUCUGCGCCCUGGUCUCGCAAUCCCUCACAGCAAUCGAAGUAAACCCCGCCUCCCCACCCGCACCCCCAGCCCUCGAAACCACCGAAAAAGUAUUCUCGUGCAUCGGCCAAACCCUCCAAAUCCCACCGAGCCUAAUCGACGCCACAACGGCCGUCGCAGGCUCCACGCCCGCAAUGUUCGCGAUUAUCGUCGAUGCCAUGGUGGAUGCUGCGGUGGCGGUUGGUGUGCCGCGAUCCAUGGCGCAGGUCAUGGUGGUGCAGAGUAUGAGGGGGUCUGCGGAGAUGAUGCGCUCUGGGUUGUCGGCUGCGGAGCUGAGGGAUCAGGGGACUAGUCCGGGGGGGUGUACGAUGGGGGGGGUUAUGGUGCUUGAGGAGAAAGGAGUAAGAGGGGGUGUGGGGAGGGCGGUGCGGGAGGCGGUUAGUGUUGCGAGGAGGAUGGGGGAGGGAGGGAAUUUGAAUGAUACCAGGUAG